CCGGCCCUCGCCGAGGCUCCGGGGCCCCACCGGGCAUCCACCGGGCGACGUGCCCGCUCUGCACCUCGGUGUACCCGGGCCCCCCUGGGUGCCGGAGGUUUCCCGGGUACCACCACGGCCUUGCCGAGGCGCUGCGGGUGCUCGGCGCGUGGUGAGGGAUGCUGAGCCGGCAGGCCCCAUGGCCGGGAACGCUGAGAUGGCAUCCCUGGAGGAAAGCUUCCGCAAAUUCGCCAUCUAUGGCGACACCAAGGCCACGGGGCAGGAGAUGAACGGGAAGAACUGGGCCAAGCUGUGCAAGGACUGCAAAGUCACCGACGGCAAAAGCGUCACCAGCACCGAUGUGGAUAUUGUCUUCUCCAAGGUGAAAGGGAAGACAGCCCGGGUCAUCAACUACGAGGAGUUCAAGAAGGCACUGGAGGAGCUGGCCCCCAAGAGGUUUAAGGACAAGAGCAAAGAGGAGGCAUAUGAAGCCAUCUGCCAGCUGGUGGCAGGGAAGGAGCCCAUUAACGUGGGUGUCACGAAAGCCAAGACAGUGGGGGCCGUGGAGAGGCUGACGGACACCUCCAAGUACACGGGGUCCCACAAGGAGCGUUUCGACGAGAGCGGCAAGGGCAAGGGCAAGAGCGGGCGGGAGAACAUCGUGGACACCAGCGGCUACGUCAGUGCCUACAAGAACGCGGGCACCUACGAUGCCAAAGUGAAAAAGUAGGGAGGGAUUGCCCGCGGCGCCCACCGCCCCGGUCCCUGCCCGCCCGCCGUGGGGUGGGCGCUCACGUCAGCCCUGGGACGUGCCCGUGUGAGGUGGGGCCCGGGAGGCUGCGCUGGGGCCAGCCCCAGGCUGGCGGGAUGUCGGCCGCCCAGCGCUGAUGUGAUUGGGAAAGUCUCCGGGCCCGUGUGCUCUGCCCCAGCGCUGCGUCCGUCCCACCCUGUGCUGUGAUCCCCCCAUCCCGCCCCGUGUCCCCCGCGCUGUCACCCCCAGUCCCACACCACUGGCAGCGUCCACCGUACUAACAGCACUGCUCCUCAGGGCUCCCCUGCCCCGCUGGCACCCAGACCUUCCCUACCUCAGCCCCGGCUUUCGGGGCACCCUCCCCCGUCCCACCGGGGACCGCAGCCUGCCCUCCCUGCAGACCUCAUGGGGACCUGCCUUAACCCUGCACCACUUACACCACAGCCACCUCCUCCUUCCCCACCGGUGCCCUCCCCACGGGGCUGCCUGGCUUUGCCACUCGCCCAGCACCACGGAAGGCUCAGACCCUGCCGUGCCGUUAGUGCCGGAGCUGCCGGGAUGCUCCUGGCCCAGCCCCAGGGAGCAUCCCGGGACAGCUUGGUGUUGCCUGGCCGCCGGCAAAGGUCUCCGACCCGAACCCCUGCGGCCUCCCGCUGCCUUCGUGAAGCCCAGACCAAAGGAUGCUGCAGACCCACGCUGUAACCCGGCUCUGCAAUAAAGCCCCUCCGCACUGAC